AUGGCACUUCGGCCUAUUGAUUGGACUUCCUGGAAGGGUGCGGCGAAGCUGUGGCUCACCACCCAUCCAGGGUUCAAUCAUAGGGAGGUCACGCGCGAGCAGCGGCUGGAGAGCUUCGAGCUGCGCGCGGCCUUUGCGGUGGCGACUGCGGCUGCCCAUCGCGAGGACAGAGGCCUGGGAGCCCUGCCUUGCGAUAGGUGCGGCGUGUGGACGCACUGCUGGUGCGAAGCUUGCCAGCGGCCUGCGACGGCUAUCUGCACUGUGUGCGAUGCCGCGGAGGCGAUCUGCCACGCCUGUGAGCGUGCCGGCAAGUCCUGGCGAAGCGCCCGAGCGGCGUACGAAGCGGCGACGCUGCAGGAAGAGGAGAUCGUCGAGAUCUCCGGGUUCCAUGAUGCAGCGGGAGUCUUCCAGACCAUUGACCCCCCGUCCUCUCGGCCGAUGGCGAGCUGGACGCGGCCGCCAUCACCCGCCGUGCCGCCGCGCACGGCCAAAGAGGUGACGGCCGGUAUGGCGCCUGAGGUGGUGGACAUCCUGCUGGAUCUCCCCCUCCCCCUCCUUGCACGCCUGGGCGCUGAAGGAGUGGAGACGGCGGCAGAUGUAGUAGGGUUGUACCCCAAUGUGGACCUGUUCAUGGAUGCCCUGCAUGCCGUGAUGGGGACACGUGUGGAUGCCGACCUUAGCAUGGAUGUGGCGUGCACUUAUGCUCGGGUUCAUGGGCUGGCCCGUAAGACAAAGAAGCACGCAGUUGAGCUCGUAGUAGCCGAGCGGCAGUCUGUGUACCCCUCGGGUGCUGCUGAGCGCGGUGGAAGCCGUGAAGCGGCCGCUAGCAGCCGCGGAAUGAAGCCCCUGGUGGGCCUUGGGACAGGCUCGGCUGGAUCCACUGUGGUGUCUGGGCCUGGUCCUGCACCGGCCAGCACCAAAGCAGACGUAGCCAAGCAGACUAAGUUGGACCUCCUUUUCCACCUGCUGGUUGACUACGUUUUAGACUUGCAGGAGCUGGGCAUCGAUACUGCCCUCCUGGCUGACCCGCUGGGUCGCACAAAGGUCCGUGAGACUGUGCUCCACGGGGCCCAGAGAUUGUCGACCCAGAGGCUGGGUGCUUUGAUCAGCAGCUUCAAGAGGUGGGUGAAGUUUUGUGAGGAGAGGCAGUGGGCGCCUAACGCACCGAAGCCAUUCCAGUUGGCCACUUACCUGCACUGUGUCAGUCAGGGGGGGCCCACAGCGGCAUCGUCGAUGCAUGCAGCCUUGAAGUGGUUCGCAGACCAGGCUGGUGCGGCACUGGAUCUGUCGCACCCCAUGGUGGCCCCUUACCGCUUCCACGCUGUGACCCACACAGCGAGGCAGGCCCCGGAGCUUCAGCCCUGGGAGCUGAUCAACUUGGUUUGCCUCUUCGGCCGUGCCAAGGGCAACCAUAAGCUCCUGUUGGCCUGGGUGGUGAUGGCGGCGAUCUCUUGCGUUCGCUGGGAACACCUGCAGCGCUCGAGUUUCGUGGCUGGCCACACCAAGUGGAUUGAAUUCCACUGCCAGCAAGGCAAAGCUCGGAAGAAGGGAGCCAGGCCAGCGUAUGGAUGGGCUCUACCAGAAUGGUGCUGGGAAGGCCAUGGUGUUGGCCGCAUCCUCGAGGAUUUUUACCGGCAUGAAGUGCUGGCCACGGCGGGUUUCCUGGUACCAGCAUUGCAGCUGGCUGCGGACAACCUCUGGGAAGUCACAGAGACUACCCCGCUGGUCCUUGGAAAGCCGGGGACGCUUCCUGGAAAUCUUCCGGGGCGUUUCCUGCCUACGCUGGGUAAUGUGCUGGAGAUUUCCGAUGUGGAUGCGCAAGCGGUGGGAAACUGGACUGAGGUCCCACAGGGAGGUGGCCUCACUGCACCGAGACCCAAGGCUGCCAUGACGAUGGGCCACCACUACGGGGGCCAUAAGGUGCUGCGCUCGGCGGUGGUCAAGGUGCGCCUCCUGGAGCGCUUCCUGGAGCUGUGGAAGUUGCAACGGCAGCAUGUGUCCCUCACUGCCGAGGGCCUGCUGCCUGUUGACUCCUGGCGUUGGCCUGACUUGCAGGCGUUGCACCGGCAGACUCCUUGGUCAGCAGCCGAUCCAGACCUGUCCGCUGCUAUCACGGAUGCGGCGGCCCCGGCGCCUGAGCAACCAGGUGAGGAGCAGCCGGACGACCAGGCCGCUACCCUUGAGGAGCCGGCAGGGGAGCCAGAGGCGGCAUCAGGUGCCUCAGGCGAUGACAGCAGCUCGGCCUCUGACAUCUCCGCCGAUGCGGAUGACCUGGUGGGCAUUUUGCCGGACCCUACAGCAGCAGCUGAAAUCAAGUGGUUUCGCCAGGGCACCAAGACGCACCUGGUGAGCGACACAUCGGAGAGUGACCGGCUGAUCCCGUAUUGCCGAGACAAGCCGUUUGACCAGGAUCCUGCCCGACGGGGCGAGGGCUUCGUGCGUGGGGGGCUUGAGUGCAUCUGCAAGCGAUGUCUCAGCCGUAUGCCGCGGGGGCUCUACCUGAGUCUGGCGGAGCACUGCGGCUGGUCCUCCUGA